UUAGUUUCCCACGCCCAGAAAAAUAUAUAUCAAAAUAAGAACGAAAAUAAUUACAGAAAAGCCCCUUCUCUCUCUCUCCCCCCGCCUUCGUCUUCCUGCUUCCCCCAACCUCCAAUUCCGUUCCAACCCAAACCCUAGAGCAAGCUAAAUGGCCCUCGCCGCGAGCUCGAGGGAGCCGCUGCGCCGCUGCCGGUGACUGCUGAUCGGCCCGCCCUCGCCCCCGUCGCGGCCCCCGGCGCCUGGGCCCCUGUCUCGGAGGAGGGGACGAAAUGGCUUCGAGACAGCAUAAUGCGCAGUUCCACAAAUCCAAGACGCUCGAUAACAAAUACGUGAGGAUUCUCGAGCCCCCCCUGCCUCGGAUCCGGGGGGAAUUCGUGUUUGGUGCUGCGAAUUUGGGGAUGCUCAUCUCACUCACUGUGCUUGUGUGCGCGUUUGUUCAGAUGCUUGGAGAUGAGAUAGGGAAGGGGGCGUACGGCCGCGUGUACAAGGGGCUUGACCUGGAGAAUGGCGAUUUCGUGGCCAUCAAGCAGGUCUCGCUGGAGAACAUUCCGCAGGAGGAUCUCAACAUAAUCAUGCAAGAAAUUGAUCUACUGAAAAAUCUUAAUCACAAAAAUAUUGUUAAGUAUCUUGGAUCACUGAAGACAAAGAGCCAUCUCCAUAUUAUUCUAGAGUACGUGGAGAAUGGCUCACUUGCCAAUAUUAUCAAGCCAAACAAAUUUGGACCUUUUCCUGAAUCGUUGGUGGCCGUCUACAUUGCUCAGGUGUUGGAAGGCCUUGUUUAUCUGCAUGAGCAAGGUGUCAUACAUAGAGAUAUCAAGGGUGCAAAUAUAUUGACUACGAAAGAGGGCCUCGUUAAACUUGCUGAUUUCGGAGUUGCCACUAAAUUAACUGAAGCUGAUAUCAACACACAUUCUGUGGUCGGCACACCAUACUGGAUGGCCCCCGAGGUCAUCGAAAUGUCUGGUGUUUGUGCUGCUUCUGAUAUAUGGAGUGUUGGUUGCACCGUUAUUGAGUUGCUCACAUGUGUCCCUCCAUACUACGACCUCCAGCCCAUGCCUGCACUAUAUCGCAUUGUUCAGGAUGUGCAACCACCGAUACCAGAAGGAUUGUCUCCUGAGAUUACUGAUUUUCUCCGGCAAUGUUUCCAAAAGGAUGCGAUGCAAAGGCCGGAUGCAAAGACAUUAUUGACGCAUCCAUGGUUGCAAACCUCAAGGAAAGCUUUGCCAUCUUCCCUUCUGCAACCUGCUCGAUCAUUGAGGAAUAUUGACGGGGACGAUGAAGGCUCAAGUGGCGAUAAUAACUCUGGUUUUUGCGGCCUACCAGAAGAUACUCAAAAGCCUAUUGCUUCUAGUAUUGAACAGGAGAAUGGAAGAAAAGAACUGAUUCCGGACUCUUGUGCACAAGAUAAAGCUGACCAGCUUCAUGAUGAAAAGUUAAAACCUACUGAGAGAAGUGGUUCAAACAAUGUGGAACUGAUGAAAGAUAGCAUGGUUCUUAACAAAGACCCUGCAUUAGUUUUUCAUGAGAAUCUAGCGCUGGAAUCUUCAUCUGGAGAUGCUGAUUUAGAUGGCAAAGUAAUGACACAUGAACUAUUGCAAGGUGGUCUGCCAAGUAAGAUAGAGCUUGAAAGUAAAGAAAGUUCAAGUCUUGAGGAUGGUGAUGUGUUCUCCUUUCAGGCUGGAAGACAGAAUAUCGACUUCCAAAAGGUGGCCGAACCUUCAGUUGUUGAGGGGCCGAAUGAGCUAAGUAGAUUUAGUGACAAACCUGGUGAUGCCUCGUUGGAAGACUUAUUUCCACCAAUUGACAAACAAGGAGAUUAUGGGGCUGGGAAGCUUAUUCGAUUGGCCAUGCAAUUCAGGGAAGAAGAUAUCGAUGGAUCGGGUUUUAGUGACAAUAUUGCUGGAGAGAGUCUUUUCCCUAUACAGUCUGUGGAAUACAACAAAAUAGUAGCACAACUGAAACCCACUGAAAGUGAAGAAGUAAUAUUGUCAGCGUGCCAAAAGCUUUUGUUGUUCUUCAGUCACCGGCCUGAGCAAAAACAGAAUUACGUGACACAGAAUGGUUUCCUCCCGCUGAUGGAACUUCUUGAACUUCCCAGAAACCGUAUUAUAUGCGCUGUUCUGCAGCUCAUCAACUGUAUUGUAAAAGAUAAUCCAGGCUUCCUAGAAAAUGCUUGCCUUGUUGGCUUUAUUCCUCUGGUGAUGAAUUUCUCGGAACCAAAUCAUCCAAAGGAUGUUCGAGUGCAAGCAUCCUUGUUUCUCCAGCAGCUUUGUCAGGCCAGCAACUUGACAUUGCAAAUGUUCAUUGCAUGCCAAGGGAUCCCUGUUUUGGUGGGUUUUUUGGAGCCUGAUUAUGCAAAAUACAGGGAUAUGGUCCAUCUUGCAAUUGAUGGCAUAUGGCAGGUCUUCAAGCUCCAGCAUUCAACUCUGAGAAAUGACUUCUGCCGUAUAGCGGCAAAAAAGGGGAUACUUCUUAGGCUGGUUAAUAUUCUCCAUAGCUUGAACGAAGCAACAAGAUUUGCCCCCAUCUCAGGGUCAGGUGCUUCGGUAACACAGAAUGGCUCAACCCCCCGACGAAGAUCUGGCCAACUAGAUCCGUCAAUACUAGAAAUUUCCAAGGCGAGGCUGGAUCAUCACCAUUCAUCUGGUUCUAUGCAAUCACUACAAGCAGAUGCAGAUAAGCACCAUAUAUUAAUGGAUCCUUCAUCAUCUCCUAGGUUCAGCGAUAGAACUGGUGCUGGUACCAUGGAGAGGCAUGAGAAUGACUUGGUUAGGCCACAGAGGCUUAGUGUUUCUGCAGGAAGGACAUCUACAGACAGAUCGCCGAAGCACAUAGAACUAGCAUCAAAUGGUCAUAAUAGCAGUCAAAAUGACCAAAUCCGCCCCCUACUGAGUUUGUUGGAGAAAGAACCAGCUUCUCGGCAUGUAUCUGGACAACUUGAUUAUGUCCGCCACUUAUCUGGAUUGGAAAGGCAUGAAACAAUAUUGCCAUUAUUACAUGCUUCGACAAAGAGGAAAACAAAUGGCGAACUUGACUUACUAAUGACGGAAUUUGCUGAGGUUUCUAGACAAGGAAUGGAGAAUGGUCAUCCUGACUCUAGUAUAAAAGCUUCAAAUAGAGUUCAAAGUAUGAAAUAUGGACCAUCGGCGGGUGCAACAGCUUCUAAUGAAGGAGCAUCAACAUCUGGAGCUGCAUCGCAGACAGUAUCUGGUGUGUUAUCUGGAUCAGGAGUGCUCAAUUUAAGACCAGGAAGUACAACAUCAUCUGGUCCAUUAGCUCAGAUGUUCUCUUCCAUGAGCGCAGAUGUGGCACGUGCAUAUCUUGAGAAAGUGUCAGAUCUUCUUUUGGAGUUUGCACAGGCAGACACCGUGGUAAAAUCUCUUAUGUCUAGUCAAAGCCUUCUUGCACGGCUUUUCCAGAUGUUCAACAAGAUAGAACCUCCUAUUCUUCUUAAGAUUCUUAGGUGCAUUAAUCAUUUGUCAGGUGAUCCUAAUUGUCUAGAGACACUCCAACGCACAGAUGCAAUCAAGCAUCUGAUACCAAUUAUUGAACUUCAUGAUGGGCCUCUAAUUUAUCAAAUACAUAGCGAGGUCCUCAAUGCUUUGUUCAACCUUUGCAAGAUAAAUAAAAGAAGGCAGGAACAAGCAGCUGAAAAUGGGAUCAUCCCUCACUUGAUGAAUUUUGUCAUGUCAGACUCACCGCUAAGGCAGUAUGCCUUGCCUUUGCUGUGCGAUAUGGCCCAUGCUUCUCGCAACUCGAGAGAGCAGUUGAGGGCUCAUGGAGGGCUAGAUGUGUACUUAAAUCUGUUGGAGGAUGAUGCAUGGGCAUGCACUGCAUUAGAUUCUAUUGCUGUUUGCCUGGCUCACGAUAAUGAUCACAGAAAAGUAGAACAAGCAUUGUUGAAGAAAGAGGCAAUUCAAAAAUUAGUGAAAUUUUUCCAAGACUGUCCAGAACAAUAUUUUGUCCAUAUAUUGGAUGCUUUCUUGAAGAUAAUCACAAAAUCUUCUCGGAUAAAUACAGCAAUGGCCACCAAUGGUUUGACAACAUUGCUUAUUGCCCGGCUUGACCAUCGAGAAGCUAUUGCCCGCUUAACUCUGCUGAAACUCAUAAAGGUUGUCUAUGAGCACCAUCCUCGACCGAAGCAGCUCAUAGUAGAGAACGACCUUCCCCAAAAGCUACAAAACCUCAUUGAGGAACGCAGGGAUGGGCAACGUGGCGGUCAACAAGUGUUGGUCAAACAAAUGGCCACCUCAUUGUUGAAAGCAUUGCACAUCAACACGGUCUUGUGAUUUUGGUCGGUCAUGUAUUUUCCUCUCUUGAGUUGUAUAUGUUUGCCCUAGAGGAGAAGGUGUCCUUUUCUUUUUGUCUCCUUUUCUGCUUCUGUUGUACCGUGAUUUCUUAUGAGCACCAGACUUCAUGUUGUACCUGAUCCCUCUUUUAUCGGGAGAAAGGUUCAACGUUCCGGUGCAGGAUACAAAGGGGGUUUGUCCCUUCAUGGUUGCUUAUAUUUAGUGUUAGUGAAGUUGUAAAUUAGACGUCUCCCAAUUACAAAACAAAACUCAUGUAAACUCA